UUAGCUCUGUCGGAAUUUUUGUUAUUUGACCACUAUUUUUAUGACUAAUUUGACAGGACUAUUAUGUAUAUUUUGAAAAGGAACUACAAAUUUUGACUUAGAAAAGGUGUUGUUAAAUAUUUUUUUCCUCGUUAGCUGUGUUUGUUGGUAGAAUAAAUAAACCUUUUGAAAUAUUGCUGUUUAAGUUAUGCCAAUGUUUGUACCAAAUAUUUCCGUCAUUGUCGAAAGCAAUUUAGUUUAUUCAUUGUUUUUUUGGAAUAAUACAAAAUACAUCAGGACUUGCGUAUAAAUAUACUAAGUCUUCAUUAAAAUUCAAUAUUUAUUCGACAAUAAAUUGUGAAUAUUUAUGUGUAUGUGUAUAGGGUGCCUGUAAUCGAUUUUUGAAAAUAAAUCAGUCUCAUAUCAUUGGCAAAAUGUUAUUUGAGAAUAGUACCCACGAACGACGACGUUAAAAAUGUUCGUCUCUCCAUAAUUAACCCCAAAACCCUUGCAAACAUAAUUCCGAACUUUGUUUACUAAUUAAAGUGUUUUGGUUAGCAUUCUUGUAACGAAUAUGUUUUAUUCAUACGUAACACGUAAUACUGAUUCAAUUGAAAUUAAGCCACGGUAGAAUUCAUUGAACAAACGUUGCCCAUUGCCUAAUUUACUUCAACAGCAACAGCCAUAAAUUUUGGGCCACAAUCAUGGAUAUAGCUUCUAGCAUUAUCGAGAAAUUCCAGCACGUGGACGAUACAAUCGACAUAGACGAAUCAAAUCUAACGCCAGUUCAAGAGUUUUAUAAAGGCGCCAAGGUCUUUGUGACGGGUUUUACCGGGUUCUUAGGCCAAAUCCUCGUUGAGAAACUCCUGAGGUCAUGCCCCGUGUCCACCGUUUACGUCCUCAUGAGAAAGAAAAAGGGGAAAGAUAUAGAGGUGAGGUUGCAGGAAAUAUUCGACAAUCAUCUCUUUAGCAGGAUGAAGAAGAAUUGUCCGGAUUUUCGCGCGAAGGUUGUAGCUAUAGAAGGUGACUGUGCAUUGCCAGAUCUAGGCCUCAGUGAUCAAGACAAAAAAUUGUUGAUAGAUGAGGUGAACAUCGUCUUUCAUGUGGCGGCAACAGUUCGUUUCGAUGAAAAACUGAAGACCGCCGUGGCUACCAACGUCAGGGCCACCAGAGACCUGCUGUUGUUGGUAAAACAAAUGCCACACGUAAAAUCGUACCUUCACGUGUCCACAGCUUACUCGAACUGCAUCCAUGAUGUCAUAGAGGAGAGGGUUUAUCCACCAGCUAUGGGAUAUAAAGACCUCAUUGAGAUAUCGGAGUGUCUCGACAGCUUGCUCUUGGACAACAUGCAGUCACACUUCUUGGGUAACUACCCCAACACAUACGUGUAUUCAAAGCAGGUAGCUGAAGAUGUAGUCAAACAACUAACCAAAGAUUUCCCCGCUGGUAUCUUCAGACCUUCCAUCGUUAUUUCCACGUACAAGGAACCAAUCAGGGGGUGGAUCAACAAUUUUUAUGGUGCCACGGGUGUAUUCUACGGUUCAGGUGUGGGCCUGCUAAGGGUCCUCUACUGCGACGAGGAGUCCGUCGCUAAUAUCGUGCCAGUUGACAUGUGCGUCAAUGGUCUGAUAGCUUCCGCUUGGGAUGUGGGACAAAGGUUCGACAAAGCCAAAGAGGAGGGUGGAGAGUAUGAAAUGCCAGUUUAUAAUUACGAGAGCACCAACGAUAAGCCAAUCAAUUGGAAAAACUUUAUGGACAUAUCGAGUAAAUACGGUUUACAGUUCCCACCAGUUGGUUGCAUAUGGGUGUUUUUUUUAUAUCUGGUAAAGUCAUACUUCAGGUACAUAGUACUGGUGAUCUUCUUGCAUUUUAUACCUUGUAUGCUUGUGGACGCCAUGCUGUUCUUUAGGGGGAAGAAGAUGAGGAUGAUGAAGGCAUAUAAAAAAAUUCACACCUUCUCGUCAUUAAUGGCGUACUUUUGUGUAAGGAGUUUUAAGUUUCAUUCCGCAAACGUCCAUAAGAUGUUAGAUGGAAUGACGAAGAAGGACAGAGGAGUAUUCUUUUGCGACCUUAGAGAACUGGACUGGGACGAAUUUUUCCAAACUUACGGUAUCGGAGCUCGGGUCUAUCUGGCUAAAGAUCCUUUAGACACCAUUCCAAAGGGAAGGAAAUUCUACAGAAGGUUACAGUGGGCUCACAAUACUGUGAAAACCGUCUUAGGACUGUUAGGAGUAACGAUACUAUGGCUGAUCAUGUCCGGAAUCUACAAACUCAUUUUUCUUGGUUAAUUAAGUCCGUAUUGUUUGCUGUAUCUAUAAAAAAAAUAUACGUAAUAGUUUCAGCUA